CUGUUACAUGCGCGUAUUGAUUGGUAAAUUUUCGAAUAAAUUGGUUAUCUUUUCCAUAGUGUAAUGCUACUAAAAUACACUUCGGAGGAAGUACAAAGGAUGCAACGCGUAGGAGUGUAUGAUCGGGUGGACAAAAUUGGUGAAGGUACAUACGGUGUCGUAUACAAAGCGAAAGAUAUUCGAAACCAGAAGAAUGUCGCACUGAAACGCAUACGACUUGAAAGCGAAACUGAAGGUAUACCGUCAACGGCCAUGCGCGAAAUCUCACUGCUGCGCGAUCUGAAGCAUCACUCAAUAGUGGAAUUGAUCGAUGUAAUUAUCUCAGAAAACAGCAUUUACAUGGUGUUCGAGUAUCUAGACAUGGAUUUAAAGAAAAUGCUGGAUCGCCACAAGAGCAGUUUUACCUCAAUGCUUGUAAAAAGCUAUAUGCAUCAAAUGCUGGACGCUAUCGCGUAUUGUCAUUUGAAUCGAAUCCUUCACCGCGAUCUUAAGCCGCAAAAUUUACUCAUCGAUCGGGAAGGUCAUAUAAAGCUGGCCGACUUUGGAUUAGCGCGAGCAGUCAAUCUUCCUAUAAGAAUAUAUACGCACGAGGUGGUCACCUUGUGGUAUCGGGCACCGGAAAUAUUGCUUGGAACCAAGUUUUACUGUGUGGGCGUUGACACUUGGAGUUUGGGUUGUAUUUUUGCUGAAAUGAUUCUGAAACGACCACUCUUUCCUGGGGACAGUGAGAUUGAUCAACUGUUCAAAAUAUUUCGGCAAAUGGGAACACCGGAUGAAUCAAGAUGGCCCGGCGUUUCACAUCUAUCGGAUUACAAAGAAUCAUUUCCUUAUUGGGAAGCGCAACCCCUGCCGAAUGAAAUGCAGCAUGACCUCGACGCACAUACGCUGUUUUGUGAACUGAUGCAUUAUGAUCCUACAAAACGGCUUGCUCCGAAAAGUGCCAUGAUGCACCCGUAUUUUGAUAAUGUUUGUUUGGUACCGCCAGAACUAUAAGCUUCUUGUAGCGAUUAUUGACUGUUUUAACAUUGCUUGCUUGCAGAACAUUGCAACACAUGAUCUCACAGUUUCGACUUCGUAUUUGAAAUCAUUCUGGUGUAUAGUGUCGCAGAUGGGUUUGAAUUACCAUAUUGGGACUGAUCAAAAAUGAUACUUGACCCUUGACCACUGAUGUACCAUAACACCAGAGAGCAAUGAAUUUCAAUUUUGGUAGAUAAUACGUUUGGAUAGCAACUGUUAUC